AGCUGUUUACGGCUUUCCCAUUUGCGUCGUUUACAACAAAUUACAAAUCUUCCAACUCGCGGGAAUCCGAGAUUGCGCCCAAUUAUGGAGUCGCCCACCUCGCACCUGGUGGCCAAAGAUUUCCAGGUGACUGGCGUUUCGCGCAGUGGACGCGUACGCAAAAAGUCGUCGAAACUGUUAGAUUUUGAAUCGCCAGAGGAGAUUGAGAAGCGAACAAGGCGCCAAAGUGGCGGAAGGCAACCGUCCAAGUAUUCGGGGCGUGGCAGGCCAUCGAAUGCUCUGCGAGAUCUGGAACUCGACCAGGAGAUGCUCUUCGAUGAGCCCAAUAUGUCGGAAGGCGAGGAAUUCCAUCCGGAAACGCCAACAGCCGUGCCCAUUCUGAACUCGGACGAUGAACUGGACAACCUGGUGCAGGAUCUCGUCGAUGGCGUCCAAGCGGAGGCCACCAGCCAGGAGUCGCCCGUCCGCCAGAGUCUCUACAUGCGCGAGAAAGCCAACAAGAGGAAGGUCUUCAAGGACGGCAAGGUGGUCAACGCGAAGGUGCAGCGCAAGGACAAGGGCAAGCAGCGGUACACCGCCUACAGCCUGUGGGCCAGGGAGGCGCGGAAAAAAGACCUUCCGGAUAUGGACUACACCAGUGCCACCAGACGUCUCAGCGAACUGUGGGCGAAUGUGUCCAAUCGGGACAAGAACGCCUGGCGGCGCAAGGCGAAGAUCCAAGCGUCCAGGGCGAGAUCGCGCGACAGAUCCGGAGCAAAUGGCACGCCCCAGACGACGAGCAAUGGCAGCACAGCAUUGGCUUCGGAUCCCCCGCAGCACGAGACGAUCUUUCAGAAUCGGGCGACAACGAGUCGCACUCGCAAAUUGGCCGCCGAUCGGCAGCAAUCCUCUCUAGAAGCGGCGGCUGCGGCAGCGGCGGCGACCAGCUCAUCCACCCCAAGACGCAGCAUUAACACGCGAAGUGGCAGGUCACAGGCAUCCACGAGUGCGGCGAGACAACAAUCGCCGGCGGAGACGGAUGUGGGCAGCCGGACAGGGACUCACCAGAAGCAAGAGGAGCCCCACAAAACCAGCAUCGAGGUGAUCGAUGCGGCGGCACACCUGAAACUCUUGGGCGAAAGUCUCACGGUGAUUGGCGAGCGUCUUAAGAAACACAAUGGACAUGUGGCUCUAUCGGGAAGCUUGUCCGUGCUGCUCGACAGUUUGCUCUGCGCCAUGGGGCCAUUGCUCUGUAUGACCACGCAGAUACCGGGAUUGGAGAACAAAGUUCAGCUUAGCAAAAACCUAGCCGACACCCUAGAUAAUAUCGCCUACGUAAUGCCGGGAUUGUAAAGAGGUUUUCGGUACAUCACUUUAACACUAUAUAUAAAUAUGUGUAUAACUUUACCAGGCAGCUGAGCUUCCAAAGUGGGGCUAGAAACGCCAUCGGAACCAAGUGCUCCCUGAUUUCACGGUAUGCACCUAUUUCGAGCGCAUUAUCUAUAUGUAAAUUAAGCACUAGCCGCUAGCCAUCAAGCUGAAAACAAUUUAUUUAUAAAUUAUCCUUAGUCUUAAGCCACAGCAUCUCGAUUUUAAAUAAGUAAAACUAUCUAUGCCGGAUCUGAAGGUCUCCCUCUUAA